GCGCGUGGUAAUUGUCACCUGUGAAACGAUUCAAAGACCCAACGCUGUUGUCUUUCUUUUUGCCAGAUCGAUUUGAAAGAACCACCGAAAGCUUUCUCGUAGAUUGGUUUCACUGGACCCAGAUAGACGGCUAAAUAAUGGAGACUAAGAUGUCGGCAAAGAGUUUUCGUGUGAGCGACGGUGACUGGAUUUGCUCAGAUAAAAAGUGUGGGAACGUUAACUUUGCCAGAAGAACAAACUGCAACAGGUGUGGCAGAGAAAAAACAACUGAAGCUAAGAUGAUGAAGGCAGGAGGAACAGAGAUCGGAAAGACUCUUGCUGAAAAGAGCCGUGGCCUCUUCAGUGCUAAUGACUGGCAGUGUAAAACCUGUGGUAAUGUGAAUUGGGCCAGAAGGUCGGAGUGUAAUAUGUGCAAUACACCUAAAUAUGCCAAGCUGGAAGAAAGGACAGGCUAUGGAGGAGGAUUUAAUGAGAGAGAGAAUGUAGAGUAUAUUGAACGUGAAGAUUCAGAUGGGGAAUAUGAUGAGUUUGGUCGUAAAAAAAAAAAAUACCGUGGAAAGACUGGUUCCAAGGGUUCCCCGGAAGAGAAGGAAAAGGCUGUGGUAGCAACAGCAGCAGUGGAGGAGGAUGAGGAGGAUGAGGAGGAAGAUGAUGAGGAUGGGGAUCUUUCAAAAUACAAAUUAGAUGAUGAUGACGACGAAGAAGAUAAAGAUGACGAGGAUGAAGACGAGGUUGAUCUUUCCAAAUACGACCUGGAUGCCAGCGAUGAUGAAAAACAGCAGGAGGUUAAAAAGGGGAGCGGCUCAAAGUCUGGCUCCUCCCGUUCUCGCUCGUCCUCCCGCUCCUCUCACUCCAGUUCACGGUCCAGGUCCAGAUCCCGAUCAAGAAGUUCCUCCAGUUCCAGAUCAGGAUCUCGCUCGAGCUCCAGAGAUCGUGCUCGAUCACGCAGGUCUAAAUCAAGAUCCAGCUCCAGGUCACGCAGGGGGUCUUCCUCUCCUCGAAAAAGAUCAGGUUCGAGUUCCCCAUCGUCAUCUUCGCCUGACAGAGGCAAGAAACGAAGCCGCUCCAGGUCUUCGUCUUCUGGUGACCGAAAAAAAAGACGCUCAAGAUCACGGUCUACAGAAAGGUUAAUUUGAUUUGGGAGUGUUCUUGGAAGAGGAUUUAAGGCAGCUCAGAAUACAAUUUUUUUUGCACUCAUUGGUUUGCAUGCUUUCUUGUUGUCUUUCUGCAGACCCCGUAGAUCGUCUUCUGGAUCAUCUCACUCUGGCUCCCAAUCCUCAAGUUCUAAAAAGAAAUAAGUUAAAACCAGGCAUUUUCAAACCAAUAUAUUUUAGACAAAUGCAUGGUGUGUUUUAAAGAUACAGAUGUAUUGUUUAAUCUUAUGUCAUGCUGGUUAUACUUAAAUCAUCUUUUGUGAUACGUCCUGAAUGGUCUUUUCGAAAUUCAGCAGUGGCAUCUCUGUCCUUGCUCUCUUAGAAACUGCAACUUCUUUUCCUCAUAUCCCAUGCAGUAAUGUUGGUGUUUUUUUUGUUUUUUUUUAAAUAACUGUUUUUACUUCCAUCAACUAUGCAAAAAGUGAAUUGCUCAUAAACUUCCUUGACAGUGUCAAAGAAAUGCAGACAUUUUAACACGUGGUGACAACAAUUUAACAUUUAGUAGUAUCUUGCAGGAGGGUUAGAUUCAGCCUCCAACAGAAUUCAGAUUGUAUACCUUAAGAGCGUAGUGCAAAUCUAAAAGCGUUUCAUUGAAUUUAACCCACAAAAAAUUGCACACUAAAACAUGAUUACAUUUUUUUUAAAUGUCAUUUAUUUGGCAGUUUUUUUGUUUUGACUGCUUUUUCCUGAACCUUUUGUAUUGAUUUGAUAAUGUUGGAUAUUCUUAAGAAGGUAAGUAUUUAAGAUUGUGUAGUCUUUUUUUUUUUGUUUGUUUUAAUUGGUUUGUUUCCACUAGCUAAAUGUGGACACUUAAUUGAAUGUUUUGCAACUUUCCAAGUAUUACAGACAAUUGUACAGACAGGAUUUUUUUUAAAUUUUAAAAUAUGAAAUUCUUCCAAGAUAACAUUACUGUAUUUACUGUUUUUCAAAGCUGGGAUUAUAAAAGUUGUUAGCAGGCCUCUGACCAUAUCAACUAAUUUGCAGCAUCUCUCUUGAGCAAGGCAAACCAUGUACCGGUACAUUUGAACUUCGCCAUAUUCAGAAUUGACCAUACAUUUAAAAAAAGAAGACAGAAGCCAUUGCCCUAGAUACUUUAGAAUUGUGUUCUCUUUUUUUUUUUUUUUUUUUUUUUUGUUGCUGUAUUUCUGUUUUUAAUUGAAGGCGCAAGGUAGUUGUGUUACACAUCUGAGUGUUUUUCUGAAUAAUGGCAGUAAUAGCAUCUGUUUUAGCUUUGUCUUGGUUUGUACGAUAAAAUGGCAUUGUAAACAAAAAUGUAAAUAAAAAAGAUGUUAGCAUC